AUGAGCAAGAGCCAGCCAGAUCAUGGAAUGAUCACUUGGUUGGCAAGCCACCAGAAUUCCAAGACGGAGCCAGUCACCAACGCGCAACAGUCUGUCAACAUACCCCAGCCUGCGAACACGCAGCUAUACGGCAACACGCCGCAGCCUACCAGCAUGGAGCAAACCGCCAUCAACUUUCCCUUUUCCUUUUUUCUGGUAAACAAUUCCAUAUUUGAUAACCGGAUAAAAAGCUUCGUGUUGGACGAGGUCGAGGCCAUCACGACCAUCGAGUACAUUGAGAAGCACAAGCCUAGCGACACCGUACAUCCCGAGUACCUCGCCCACCUAAGCCGCCCCACGAAGGAGCGAGUCGAGUUCUGCGACAAGACGCUCGCCGCGCUCGACCGAGCCUGGAAGCAAUCACAGGCCCCUGAGAUCGGCAUCCUCGAGGACUGCUAUGAGAACAACAAGAAGCUCUGGGAGAAGCUCCGAGGCCUCAUCGAUGCCCAUACCCGGAGUCGGGACUCCGGCUCGGAAAGCCAGUCUUCAAUGAAGCAACGAUGGGAGCACCGUCAAAGAAGGACGUAG